AGAACUUUGGACCCGAUCGCACGGUACAGUUGAAUCAUGAUUCAAAGUAUCGUGAUGAGUGUGUGUCAUAGGUUUUGGUUUUGAAGACCAGUUAAUGUAGUAGACAACGCUUAUCAGAGCCUGGAAAAGUUUAUUUCUAUAAAUACAACGUGUGUACGUAAAUUUCAGCAUUCUAAAGUAUUCGUGAACAACACAAGUACUUAUUGGAGUGUUGAUUACAACUGACGUGCGCUCUGAAAUUUGGUUGAAUAUUGUGAAAUAGGCAGAAUUCAGAAAUGGCAGCAGAUCAAGCUCAAGGACCCCUCGCAAUUUCUCACCCCACUUGUAUGGAAUCUGUCAACAGAAUAGCCAAGUUGCCAGUUGUUGAGUCCACAAUCCAAACCGCAACGAACAUUUAUGGGAAAGUAAAAGAUUUCAACAGUCUUACCAACUGGACUCUUUCCACGGCAGAAAAUACAGUGUGUAUGGCGGUGGAAGCAGGAAAACCAAUCGCCACGCCCGUGAUCAAAAACUUAGAAGGACCCAUUAAAAAGGUAGAUGAUGUCCUGUGCACAGGGUUGGACUACGUUGAAAGCAAGGUUCCUGCUAUGAAAUUGCCUGCUUCAGAGAUUCUUCAACAGAUCUACAGCACAACCAAGAACUAUGUUAGUCCUGUGGUAGACUCGGCACGCUCCUACACCGAACCGGCCCUGCAAACUGCCAAAAACAUCGUGGAACCAACCGUAGAGAAGGCUAGGAAUUUAGUGGACCCCUUUGUUCAACCUGCAUUGGAAAGGGCAAACGUUAUUAAAGAAAACGUAAUGCACAUGGUUGAUGAAUACCUUCAUCGUGGUCAUAGUCAUGAAGGUUUGGAUGAUUUGGAAUGCGACGAAUGCAGAGAAAUCAGGAAACAGAUGGAGGAAAGCCAGUCGAAGCUACAAAAAGAAGAAAACCAUGAGCAAAAUUAAUAAUUUUGUACUAAUGAUUUUAUCGAUACAGUGCUAUUAUUCGUAUGGUUUUGGUCCUUAAUUCCCGUUAUAUGUAAGACUGUUUUCAUUGUUUUAGCUAUUAAGGUAAAAAAGUAACAAUUUUAUAUAUUUUGUAAGAAAGUGAUGAAUUAUUAACAAAUUUUUAUUACGA